AUGAUAGAUCACUCGAGGAUAAUGCAGCAAAAGGAUGAAAAAGAAUAUCACCUCUAUCAUGCUUUGUGUAAGAGAGGAAUCACCACCUUCAGAGAUGAUGAGAACCUCAGAGUUGGUGAUAGAAUCAGAUAUACUCUUCUUGAAGCCAUUGAAAGAUCCAGGAUGUCUAUUGCUGUGCUGUGUAAGGACUGUGCUUCUUCCACAUGGUGUUUGGAUGAACUAGUACAGAUCAUGAAGUGCUGGAAUAAUGGAAAAAAUCGACCAGUUUUGCCAAUCUUUUAUCAAGUGGAACCAUCAGAUGUGAGGCGCCAGAGGAACCAAUAUGAAAAAGACAUGAUGAAGCAUGAAGACAGAUAUGGCAAAGACUCCCAUGAUAUAAAAGCAUGGAGGUCAGCUUUGCGUGAAGUGGCCAAUCUAAGUGGAGUGACUUGUACAGUGAAGUAA